AUGGAUCCUAAGGGGGGACCUCAAAAGCGCAGAUAUACGUUGUCUAACCUCGCUCGUAGGAAGCGGCUGAAGAUACCCAUCGCGUGUGGUCCAUGCCGGCGCCGAAAGGUCAAGUGUGAUGGGGCUCGACCAGCUUGUUGGAGUUGUCAACGGCGCGCAAAGCAGGCGGAAUGCGUCUACAGUCAGAAACCGGAUGAGCCGGCCACGGCGCUAGAAGAAGAGGAAGAGGCAGAGGCAGAGGCAGAGGAGGAGAGACGGUUAUCGCCGUUAUUGUGCAAUCCUCCGGAAGACGUUGUCGGAGUUUCAAACCAAUCGAGAAUCGUUCGCAACAACUAUCAUCCCAGGACAUUCUCUACUCACCGCUGGUCACCUAAAGUGACGAACUCUGUCCAUACAUGUGGCUCGGGAGGCGCAAUUCUCCCUGCCUCUACAUCGGCCCCUGUUCCUGGUAGCAGCUCGUCCGGUAAGGGUACGAUAGCGACGCAUUCAUCGAGGUUGGUGGAUAGCCCUGCUUUCACCGAACCCACUGGAACAGAUUCGAUGAAUGGGGUAACGGGAGACCCAACGCGCACUCCGGAAGUCUUCGGGAGUAGUAGCGCAGGUUCCUUUAUGCGACAAAUCCAGUCGGCGAUCAAUGCUCGAUUAGGAGUUGUGCAUGCAAAUCUGGCCGCAAAAAAUGAAGCUGCAUCACAACAGUCCCACAGUCAUCUGGACUCUCAACCUUCUUCGUCGGGCUAUGGAGAGUCAGCCUUACUCUUGCUCCCUCCACGAGGUCUUGCCGACAGCCUGAUGCGAGCCUAUUGGGAUAACAACUGGUCCCUCUAUCCCGUUAUCGAUCGGGGUAAGAUUGAGCCAACGUAUGAGUCGCUCUGGACGGCUCACACUGCGCGCAAUUAUCCGUUGAUUCCAGUCACUGUUAUCAACCUUUGCUUCGCGAUUGGCUGCUACUACUGCGAGCUCCUCCCGCCUCGCGAAAGGAAAGCUACCAGCGACGACUUUUUCGCACGCGCGGAAUUGCUAUAUAAGAAGACUGGAGAGGCCCUGUCCUACGAGCGAGUCCAGUGUCUGUUACUGUUCGGGAUAUAUCUGCAGAGCACGACUUCCGUCUCUAAAUGCUGGAUGACUGUAGGCCAGGCGGUUCGUAUGGCGCAAAGUCUUGGGAUCCAUUUGACCCACCAUGAUCAUUCCCGAGAAACAGCAAGUCAAAGGGCGUAUCAACGUCGCACCUGGCACGGGUGUGUCUGGCUAGAUCGUGUUCUCUCAUCCACCCUCGGCCGUCCGGGUAUGAUCCCCAAGUGGCUAUUCAACUCUAUCCCACUACCAUCCAUGAUCGACGAUGAGUUUCUGGAUGCCCAAACGAUAGGCUCGCCUUUCCGACCCGAUGGACGACCGUGCAAGAUGGCAUUUUUCGUGAAGGCCCUGGAGCUAUAUCAGAUUCUUGACGAGAUUCUCGUCGACCUCUACCUCAAGAACGCCAAGGAUGAAGGUAUUGAGAGCAAACUUAUACGUAUUCUACAAAUCGACGGCAAAUUACAAGCCUGGAAUAAGGCCCUCCCCGAGCACCUCCACCCGCGACAUGCUGCCGAAGGCGAUGAGAUCCUAAAACGACAAGCCAUAGUCUUGAGAGUUCGGUUUUUGCACGCACGCAUUCUCCUCUUCCGUCAAACCGUAAUCUCUUACUGUAUGCGCGGUUCUACUGCGGCUGUGACUGCAGGUUGUUGCACAGAAAACAAGCCAGAUGACUCCUCCGACGAUUUCAGUCUGUCUGAAGUAAUGCUGGCGCAAUGUGCCCGCAUCAGCUUCCGCAUUGCCCAUGAGCUGAUCGAAACCUUUGACCGCCAUCUUGACCGGCAAACCUUACUCGGUCCGCUGCCCAACUGGUGGUAUUCCGUCCUCUAUGUAUACAACGCUACGAUGAUGAUUCUCGUCGAGCGCUUCCUAGAAGCUAAGGAGAGUGCCUCCGACAGAGUUGAAUCCAAGGCCGAACGGACAUGGCAUGCGGCACUCCGGGUCCUAAAGUCGUACGGGGUCUUAGCCGACUCGGCAACCCGAUGCGUCGCAGUUCUGGAGAUCUUUUUGGAGAAGCUUUUCCUCAGCAACAGCAACAGCAAUAACGGCAACAAUGAUAGCACGGACACGGCGGCUGUCGCCACCGCCCAACGUGGUCUGGAUGACUACGACUGGGAUGCCAUGUGGGCCAUGUCGAACUCCUUCGGUCAGGAGUUCAGUCUUUCGGAUUCAAAUUUAUUUCCGUUUACGUUUGAUGAUUUUAUCUUGUCGGAUUUGCUGUCAGCGCCGUCGGGGCAGGAUAGGUGUUGGACCUGCAAGGCCCGAAAGGUUAAAUGUGAUGAGAACCCACUGGGCUGCGCGAGCUGUGCACGACUCGGCGUAACCUGCGGUGGAUAUGAUAUUAAGCUGCAGUGGAUCUCCUCAGACGCAGGUCGUCGGCCCCACAGAGAUCUUUCUGCACGGAUAGGCAGGAGGCGAAUUGGUGCAGGCUGGACUGGUAUCCUUCAAUUCAACGCAGACGAAAUCGAUGAAUUCCUCCUUAGAGUUAAUGAGGCUGAUCGAGGGGUAUCGACAACACAUGGCCCGUUUUCAGUGUUCCCUGUGGAUCGCAACGGUAGCAAUCACGGGGCAUCUCCCGCUUCAUCAUCCGAGCAGGAACUAUCGCGGGAUUCGAAUGGUGCAGCUCCCUUAGUGAGCUGUCUGGAAGGGUCAGAAGAUGAAUUAAACCCAGAUGGGUCGAACUAUAAGAUCCCAUCGUCACCCUCAGGUUCCAGCGUUAUCCCGGUUGAUACUCUAUCACCACCCUCAAGGAACGCGCCUACUGAAGUGGAUGAGUAUAGAGAGUCAGACUUCCACUUGCACCUUGUUCACGAUAACGAAGCAUUGCAGACGCUUUUGCCAGAGGAUGUCAACAACGUGGAUACGGACAUUGUACUAAACGCCACAGUUCCGUUAUUACAGCAACCGCAAAUGUUUCUGUCGAGCAACAGGAAGACCAACGAACUCUUUCACCAUUAUGUUGCAAAUGUCGCUGAGAUAUUGCUACCGGUUUCGCACCCAGGAAAUCCCUAUCGAUCGUUGUAUGCCCCGGCAGCACUCGAGGGAUCUCUGUACUUCGAGUCUGGCCUUUUUGAUGCAGCACCGAAUAUUGGACUCUGCAUAUUCCAUUCACUCAUUUCCACAUCCGCCUUCCAUCUACAUCGGUGCCAUGGCUUUAACUCCGAGUAUCAUCGCCUGGGUAUCAUGCACCGGCAAGUUGCACUGCAGUCCCUGCAGAUGGUCUUGAUGAAAGAGGUGCCAGUGCUUGACUAUAAGACCCUUUUGGUUGCACUUCUUUCUAUGGUCACAAUUGGAGUAAUGGAAGGAAGUAUCAUCGAUUUUCGUGUUCAUCUUCAGGGGAUAUCGAACUUUCAAGCUCCUCGCCGCAAAUGGCAACUAAUAAGCGCAGAUACCCGUCAGCUAAAUACUCAAAGUGCAUUUUUGAAUCUUCUUGCACGCACUACCUCUCCUUGUAUUCCAUCACCUUGGGUGGGAAGCAGAGACUCGCGGCACAGGGAACAUGAUAGUCUGACUGCAACGAAUAGCCGCUCCUUCUGCCAUGAGUUCACGUACGGAGUCACGGCUGAUAUUGCGGCUGCUAUCCUGGAAACUAUUACUCUGUACGAGUGCUUAGAAUUCUAUCGCGAGGCCCAAGAAUCCGCUCCAGAUGAUCUUCUCCAAGCAUGUGAAGAUCUUGGCGAUCGGCUGCUCUCCUGGACCUUGGGCUCUGACAAGGUUCCUUCUUUCAGUGACAAGCGUGCGGAUGAGUUCGAUAUCUUCAAACAUCAUUCCCACGCAUGGCAUGGUGCCGCCCUAACAUUUUACCUAAACUGUAUCCAAGGCGCCAAAGCUCAAGAUUUAGUAGAUGAGGUUGCCACAGUCGCAUCUCACAUGCUCGCUGUUGAAGAAAUAAAAUCAAGGCAUGUCACCAGCCAGAUGGCUCCAAUCAGUUGGCCGGCCUUUAUAGCAUCAUGCUGUGCAUUAGAUCGAGAGCAUUGGGAAACAUGGUGGUUGGAGGUGCAAAAGUACGGGAUUGGGAGUAUUCGAAGACAAUAUAGCAUUGUGCAGGAAAUAUGGUCUGAAAUGGAUACCGAUCCAUCUAAAGGGUGGUUGCAGAUUCUUCACGAGCGGAAUAUUCAGGUUCUAGCUGCCUGA